UCCAAACAACCGAAAAAAAACCACUCUUGACGAAGGAGCCCCAGAACCCAACCCCUACCGGAACCGAGCGAUAUCCAUGGAGAAGAAGGAUCUGCUAGGCGUCCGGACGAAGCCGGUGGCGUCAAAGCGGCGGCGCAAGGUGGCACCUGGUGGCAGUGGCGGCGGUCGCAGGCUUGCUAAGGCGAUCGCCGACUACCUCGCCUCUGACUCCUACAUGUACGCCCCGCUGGUUUCCGACCCUCAGCAGCCGCCGCCGACUCCACCGCCCGCGGCAGCGCAUGCCGCAGCUUCUCCUGCUUCUGCAGAGAAAGAAGUACUAUCUCUGGUUCAAAAAUAUCGAGGCUCUUGGCGAGCUACAUUUUCUGCCUCCUAGAAGCAUAUUUGUGGAGAUGUUGUUGAUGGAGCUCUAGUUUUUUACCAUAAGCAUUAAGAUUUAGCAAUGUUGUUUAUUGUCCGCUCUGUUAGUGCAUAUAUGCUGUCUCUAACAAUUACCUUUGUCCCGGGGCUGCUGUCUCCGAGAAAGGCUAACAAGUUAAUCUGGGAAGCAUAUGUAAUUAUCUGUACCCUAUGUUGUAUCUUCACUAAUGCAUCCAGACCUUUCAGUUUGUCA